GUGUGUGUGUGUGUGUGUGAGAAAGAGAGAGAGCGAGGAUAGGAUCGUGAACUUGACGACGCUCCCUAAGUUCGGUGUUGGGUGGUGAGUUUGCAGACGCUCCCCGCCAGGUGGGAGUUCCUCCAGGACCUCGGCGCUGAUGCAAAGAAGCAGGAGCAUCCGCGCCGGACCACAGGACCGGACCGGACCGGAGCGGAGCGCUCAGCGAACUGCCGCGCAGCAGAGGCUGUAUGACUUGAGUCCGAAGGCAUGAGGGGGUUCACGGCAGGCUUGGAAGGCGGCACGCGACUGGAUGUGCGGAGCUUCCUGGACACGCUGGGGCUGAACAACACCACAGCUGAGCGCUGCUACCACUCCCACUCACGAAGUAGUGUCCUGCAAGGUCUUCCCUUCGGGGGAGUGCCCACUGUCCUUGCCAUCAAUGUCGUCAUGUGGCUGCUCCUGCUCUUGAUUUUCUCCUGCCUGCGGAAAGCCGCCUGGGACUAUGGACGCCUGGCACUGCUCAUGGACAACGACAGCUUUGCGCACCAUCGCCGGCUGCAUUCCUAUGACCUCACAUCCUUGUUCUACGGGGAGCAGAGCGAGAAGGAGAAGUCGCCCUCGGAGUCGAGCCCCUCAGAUGCGGAAAACAAGGACGUGGGCUUCUGUUCCUGGCUGACGUCCCUGUACCACAUGAAGGAUGAAGAGAUUCGCAGCAAGUGCGGCCUUGACGCCACCACCUAUCUGUCCUUCCAGCGCCACAUCAUCUUGCUCAUGGUGGUGCUGUGCCUGCUGUCGGUGGCCGUCAUCCUGCCCAUCAACUUCUCCGGGAACCUGCUGGAGGACAGCCCUACGAAUUUCGGGAGGAUAACUGUAGCUAAUGUUCCUGCCGAGGACAGUUUCCUGUGGCUGCACAGCGUCUUUGCCCUGCUCUACUUUAUCAUCACCGCACUGUGCAUGGCGCAUCACUCCUCACGGCUGGAGUACAGGGAGGACGAGAAGGUUGCAAGGACACUUAUGGUCACCUCUAUUCCCAAGGAGAUCUCAGACCCAGGGCUCAUCACCAAGCACUUCCACGAAGCAUACCCCAGCUGUACGGUCACAGACAUCCGCUUUUGCUUUGACGUACGGAAGCUCAUGAAACUAGACUCCGAAAGGCGGAAGGCAAUGAAGGGCAGGCUGUAUUUUACUGGCAAGGCCCAGAAAGAGGGAAAAAUCAUGAUCAAGACUCACCCGUGCGCCCAGAUAUUCUGCUGCGACAUCUGUGAAUUUCAGCAGGUGGACGCCGAGCAGUACUACAGUGAGCUGGAGGAGAAGCUGACGGACGAAUUCAACGCCGAGAAGAACCGAAUCGCCCUCAAGAAGCUGGACGUAGCCUUCGUCACGUUCCGAGAUGAGCGGAUGACCGCCGUCAUCGUGAAGGACUACAGCCGGACCCGCUGCCGCCGGAGACCCCAGCAGUCCAGCAUCACUACUGUGGUCCAGUCUCACAAGUGGGAGGUGGACUAUGCCCCUGCCCCCAGUGACAUCAUCUGGGAAAACCUGUCGGUGCGUGGCUCUCACUGGUGGCUCCGUUGUGCCCUGCUCAACAUUCUCCUCUUCCUCCUGCUCUUCUUCCUCACCACGCCAGCCAUCAUUGUCAACACCAUGGACAAGUUUAAUGUCACUCGGCCUGUGGAGAGCCUCCGGAACCCAGUCGUCACACAGUUCUUCCCCACCUUGCUCCUCUGGGCAUUUUCUGUGCUGCUGCCCUUCAUCGUGUACUACUCGGCAUUCUUCGAAUCUCACUGGACCAGGUCCAGCGAGAACCAGAUUACGAUGCACAAGUGCUUUUUGCUGCUGAUUUUCAUGGUAAUCAUUCUGCCCUCGCUGGGCCUUUCAAGUUUGGAUUUAUUCUUUAGAUGGCUGUUUGAUCUUCACUUCCUCGACGAAAAAGAUGUGAAGUUCCAGUGUGUGUUCCUUCCUGACAACGGAGCCUUCUUCGUCAACUACGUCAUCACCUCCAGCCUGAUCGGCACUGCUAUGGAGCUGCUGCGCAUCCCCGCCCUGAUGGUUUACGCCCUGCGCCUCUGCUUUGCCAAGUCCGAGGCCGAGCGCAUCCACGUCAAGAGGAACCAAGCCUACGAGUUCCAGUUUGGCCUGGAGUACGCCUGGACAAUGUGCAUCUUCGCUGUGAGCAUGACCUACAGCAUCACCUGUCCCAUCAUCGUGCCCUUUGGGCUGCUCUACCUUGUCCUGAAGCACAUGGUUGACCGCUACAACAUCUACUACGCCUAUGUGCCCACCAAACUCAACCAGCGCAUACACUAUGCUGCAGUCAGCCAAGUGGUCGUGGCACCCAUCCUCUGCAUGUUCUGGCUGCUCUUCUUCUCCGUACUGAGGCUCGGUCCCCUGCGCCCUGUUACCCUCUUCACCUUUGUGUCUCUGCUCUUCUGCAUUGCCUUCUCCCUGUUUGGCCUCUGUCUAAGGAAACUGCAGCCUGCCAAGCCUACCAGUUACCAGAUGUCUGACCAGCCAGCGGAGGGGGUCUUCAACGACGCUGAGAGGGGCAGCAUUUCCUCUACCCCGAACUCCAACCUGUUUGUGGCAGCUGUGCUCCAAGAGCCGGAACUGGGCCUCACACCCAUGGCAUCACCAGCCCAUCUGAGCUAUGGCGCCAUGGGCAAUCGGCGGGGUUCGGCACGUGGAGGUGAGGAGGAAGCUCAAUCGCAGACUUACGAGACUGAGCUGCAGGACCCCCAGGACCCCGAGGAUGCCUUUGCUUCUAGCCCCCUCAUGGACAGCAAGUUAGACUACCAGUAAGCCUUUCCAGUUGCCACCCACUCCUCACCCUCUGCGUGAGCCUCAUCCCCAUGCAGCUCCCCGAAACUGACGCACCGAAGAAAGAAUUAGCAGUAUGCCGCCACGUUCCUCCAACCUCAGAAUCAAGCCCCUGCUGCCUCAAAACCUAAGAAGUACAGCUUAAUGCAAAGGACCAUCUGCUGGGCCGCUGAUGGAGCCUCUUGGACCCAAGGCUGAGCUCUUUGGUGCCACAGCCAACGAAAGUUUGACCAAGGGGAGGAAGAAAGCCUGGUCUUACCAGAUCCAGAUUCAGGACCAAAAAACGGUCAAAGGUCUCAAAAACAUCAGCUUCUUUCAUAGAUAAUUCUGCCGCACCACAUCAUGUGGUCUCCUUCAUCCCUAGUCUAGCCUCUUUGCUUUUCGUCUUUUUCUUUCGUUCUGCCCUUCGGAAGCCCACCCCAUUGGGGAUCACGUCAUACUAUGGAGAGGACAAUCUGGACAUCUGUUAGUCUGUGAUGGAGGUGCCUGGACAGCUGUGUCGAGUUACGUGCCACUUUGGGUUCUGACUGCAGCGUCUGCGCAGAUGUGUGGAAUAAAAGGCUACUUUAAGGACACUUUUUUCCCCCUCCUUCCCCGGGUUCUGGGAGGCGAGGGGACCGGGCUUCAAAGCACUUAGAGAAGUGUGUCUUUUACCACUUGUCAGAAGCAGCUCUGAGGGUUGUGAAGCCAUCUGUACUGAGAGAACAUGCACACAGACAGUGGCCUUAUAGGGCAAAAUGUGGCUGGUGGUUGGAAUAUGCCAUAUUCGACGCUCUGCAGAGAGGAAGAGAACGGAGAUACCCACUGCUUUAAGCGGCUUUGUUGUGUUAUGUUUUUUCCAUAUUUUACUUGCAACUAAUGUUGUGUUAUUAUUAUUAUUAUUACCAGUGAUAUGUGAUGUCAGUGGUGAAGUAUUCAUCUUGUAAACAAAACACAAAAGGCAUGAGCUGGAAUUUAAAGAACUUGUACAAAAAAAAGUCAAACCAAGAAUGUUCUGGCAAAGACAUGCUUUCGAAGGCAUCAAAACCAAGCCAAAACGAUGCACACCAUAUGCUGAUGUGGAAGAAAAAUUACGAGCGUAGGGUACCACCUCGCAUGUCGCCGGGUCUGGCACGAAUCCCCGCCGCUCCCUAGUACGCAAAGUCCGAACUCUUUGCAGAUCCCCGACUCCCGCUGCAUGUUCUUUACGGGGAAGCUCUGUCGGCCUCCAUGCUACCGCCGCUUGAGAAAGUAUGAAGUCCAGUCACGCAAAGACAUCUCCCAGUGUGUAGGCUCUCCAUAAAGCCAUACUCCCUUCCUCCCCUGUCCUUUUCACUGGUGCCAGUGCUUUGCGGCGUAAAGUUCGUAUACGUUUCUAUAACUCUGAUCCUUUUGCCUCUGUCGUGGCUCUGUUUUUGUAACGCCAUGGGAUUUGUUAUGGGGCAGGCGGACACCUUCCCUCAAACAUGAAUGUAAACUGGUCUGGGUUUGUAUUCUCCCUUAUGCUCUCUUGCUGUGCCUUGAAGAAAAUGUGUCCUUCGUCUGACAAUCCAGCAUGGCCUGACAAAUGCUGCAUGAACUGUAUUUACGGAGCUGGGAACGAGGGGCCGAUCUCACGCAACACUCCACCUUGUUAUGACUAGACUGCAGCUUCUCUUAACUUACCAUCGCCUGCAUUAUGCAGGAGAUUGAUUUAUACACCCCUUUCAGGUUUUACAGCAAGAGGUAAGAAAAGCACCUUUCCAGAAUGGUAAGGAAAAGGCAGCAUCUCCUCCCCCCCGGUAUUCCAGCUCUCCUCUGUGUAUCUGUCUUAUUGUUAUCCACUCAACACUCAUAGUGCAGGGCAACAUCUGCAAAGGUCUAACAAGCUGUGCAUCUUCAAGAACUCAUUGCAGUCCGCUCACAAUUCGGGCACAGCUGAUCCCCAUCUUAUGACCUUAAUCUGUCCAGGAGUCAGCUCUUUACUCAAAAAGUUUGAAAGUAGAAUGAAGAGAACCAGUUGCUUGUUAUCCAGUCUAUAUUUGGAUUUUUUUUUUUUUUUUAGCAGAUGCUUUUCUCCAAAGUGACUUCCAAUAA